AUGGCUUUUUUCCGUCAUAUGGAUGACACUGGCUUUCUCACUCCGCUAACAAAUCACACACCCUCUUCCUCUGUCCUGCCCUACGCAACGAUGAGCACGGCCCCCGCUAACGAGUCACAGUGGUUCCGCCUUCCUGCGCAAGUGCGCCCCUCGCACUACGACAUCACGAUGCUGUCCGAUCUUGAGCGCCUCACGUUCCAGGGUGCGGUGGAAGUGUCGCUGGACGUGCUCGAAGACACGCGCACGCUCGCCUUCAACAUCGGCAAAGGGCUUACGCUGAGCCAGGUGCUCGUGACGAGUCCUACGUUCUCGGAGCUGCUCACGCCCAAUGUCAGCAUGCAGCACGAGCGUGUCACCGUGUCGCUUCCCGCGAAUGUGUCCCAGGGCACGCAGGUCACCCUGCUUGCGGGCUACCAGGGCACGAUCGAUCAGAGCAUGAUGGGCUACUACCAGUCCACCUGGGAGCAUAAGGGCAGGAAGGGCAACUAUGCCCUGACGCAGUUUGAGCCGACGUCCGCGCGCCGUGCAUUCCCGUGCUGGGACGAGCCGGAGCUCAAGGCCACGUACCGCCUCCGCAUGCUGCAUCGCCAGGACACGACGGCGCUCGGCAACAUGCCGAGCGUCAACACCCAGCCUGUGGACGCUGCGCAGGCGGCCGAGGCGCUCCGGGUGAAGCAGCUUGCGUACGAGGAGCCACAGCUCGGCGACGAUGCGUGGGUCCUCACCGAGUUUGCGCCGACGCCCAAGGUGUCGAGCUAUCUCGUCGCGUGGGCGAACGGCGUUUUCGAGUACAUCGAGGGCUCGUACAAGUCGCCACUGACCGGCAAGGACGUGCCGAUGCGCGUGUACACGACGCCCGAGUACAUUCACCAGGCGCAGUUCGCGCUCGAGGUGAAGCAAAAGGUGCUCCCUGAGUACGAAAAGGUCUUUGACAUUGCGUACCCUCUGCCCAAGCUGGACACGCUCGUCGCGUCCGACUUUGAUGCAGGCGCGAUGGAGAACUGGGGCCUGAUUACCGGCCGCACCUCCGUCUUCCUGUACGACGAGAAGACGGGUCUGCAAGGCAUGAAGACAACAGCGGCCGUGCAGUCGCAUGAAUGCGCGCACAUGUGGUUCGGUGACAUCGCGACCAUGGCGUGGUGGGACAACCUCUGGCUCAACGAGGCGUUCGCGACGCUCAUGGGCGAGAUGAUCAUCCUGGACAGGGCCUUUCCCGAGUGGAACAGUGCGAGCGAGUUUAUCGUGUCGCACUUGAACCGCGCGCUGGAGCUGGACGGCAAGCGUUCGUCCCACCCCAUUGAGGUGCCACUGCAGGGAGACAAUGUCGAGGACGCCAUCAACCAGGUGUUUGAUGCCAUUUCGUAUUCCAAGGGCGCUAGUGUCCUGCGCAUGCUCUCGCAGAUGCUUGGCGAGGACGUGUUCCUGAAAGGCGUGAGCCUCUACCUGAAGAAGCACCUGUACGGCAACACGGUGACCAAGGAUCUCUGGGACGGCAUCAGCGAGGCCUCGGGCCAAGACGUGAACGCCAUCAUGCAGGACUGGGUGCUCAAGCAGGGCUUCCCGGUGCUUACGGUCACGGAGAAGGCCGACUCGAUCGUCGUGCGCCAGAACCGCUUCCUCGACACGGGUGACCCGACGGCCGAGGAGGACCAGACGCUGUGGCAGGUGCCGCUGGCGCUCACCACGGUGCAGAACGGAAAGCCCCAUACGGAUUAUGAGCUGAUCCUCAAAGGCGAGCGCGAGAAGGAGAUUCCGCUCGCCCGAGCGGCGGAGAGUGUGUGGAAGCUGAACGCCGGCACCAUUGGUGUGUAUCGCGUGGCAUACUCACCCGAGCACCUCCGCAAGCUGGGCGCUGCGGCAGCCGCGAAAGACAGCCCGUUCUCGCUCGAGGACCGCGUCGGCCUCGUGAGCGAUGCCUUUACGCUGGCCCAGGCCGGCUAUGCAAAGACGUCGGGCGGUCUCGAGCUGAUGCACGCGCUCAAGGGCGACCACAGCUCGCUGGUCAACCUGGCCGCGGCCAACAACCUCGGCAAGCUGGCCAGCGUGUGGUGGGAGCAGCCCGAGGCGGUCCGCCGUGCCAUCAACCAAUUCCGUGUGGACGUGUUUGGCCCGCUGGCCAAGGAACUGACGUUCGAGUUUGGUGCGAAUGACUCGAGUGAGCUACGUGAACUGCGCUCGACGGUGAUCUCGGCCGCCGCCGCCGCGGGUGAUGCAUGGACGCUCGGCGAGAUUCACCGCCGCUUUGAGCCCCUUCACGACGGCGACGACAGCCUCAUCCACCCAGAUCUGAUGCGUGUGAUCUUCGCGCAGUCGGUCCGCCACGGCGGAGAAAAGGAGUUUGAUGCUGUGCUCUCCGUCUACGAGAAGCCGGCGACCCCCGCGCACAAGAACGCAGCGAUGCUCGCGCUCGGUGCAGCCAGCGACGAGAAGCUUAUCCAGCGCACGCUGGACAUCGUGUUCAGUGGAAAGGUCAAGACACAGGACUAUAUGUACUUCUUCGCGGCCCUCUCGAACAACAUCAAGAGCCGACGCCAGCUGUGGGAGGCAGUCAAGCUGCGCUUCGACGACCUGGUAAAGUCCUUCGAGGGCAACUUCUCGCUGGCCAACCUGAUCAAGUCGACAAUCAGUGUCUUCUCGGCGGAAGAAGAUGCCGAGGACAUAAAGUCCUUCUUCGAGAAGCGCGACACCUCGAAGUUCAGCAUGAGCCUAGCGCAAGGCCUCGACGCCGUGCGUGCCCAGGCGCGCUGGCUGCAGCGCGAUCGGCAAGACGUAGAGGCCUACCUCCACUCGAGCGGGUAUCUGUCGUAG